AUGGGAAACGGUAUGCGAAAAUACUCGAACUGCGAUGACUACUACAAGAGACGGAGGAAAAAUAAUGACGGCGGAGCAAACUUCACAAAAGACUACUGCGAGUACUGGAAGUCGGAGAAAAAAGGAGGAAAAGAUGACAACUUCAGAAAUGAGAGAAAUGAAUUCUCGUUCUCCAAUAAUAUGGCAUAUGAUUCUCCACUCCGAAACAGUCGCAAACAACCAACCACAACGUUCAUUUCGUCAUUCGAUGGCUCGAACAACUUCUCAAAAAAUCUUGGAAGAAGAUGA